GCGCAAUUAUGCAGAAUCGACAAAAAACGAUGUCCUCAUCGCAGGUGGUUCCGGUGCAUCUUCAAGUUCGAGCGGCUACGGCAGCGUCAGCGGGGAAGGAAACAAGGUGAAAAUUUCAUCAUCUUCCCCGGGGGGUGUCAUUCAUAAUGCAGCAAGAGCGUCGAAGUCGAGGAGCAAACAACAUCUUCAGGGGGCUGGUGCAGCUCCUAAGAACAAGACGAAGAAGACAAACACAAAGACCAACAAGCUUGGGUGGCGGCACCAGAUCGCGAAGAUGGACGCGGCAGAGGGAGAAACUUCUUCUUCGGAAGAUGAAGACUUCGACGAGGAGUGGGUGCCGGGGAAGAACAGGAGAAAGAAACCCGCAAAGAGUAGAACACCAAAGCAGGAGGGGGCACAAAAUAGGAUACAAGAAACGCCUCCACAGUCGAAGAUCGCCCGGAGUAGGAGCAGAGAUUGGCGCUGUGAGAAAGGUCUUGGAAUUUCGCGAGAGAAUGAAAAGCCCAGUCAGGUAAACAGCGAUAGCGACAUUUAUUUUGCUCCUUCGUCCAGUAGCAAGCUGAAGCUCCAUAAGAACUACCCUAGCCCGCACCAGCCUGGCAGCGCGCGGGGGAGUCGCGCGGCGGCCAGAAGAGCGAAGAAAGAGCAGGCGGAGGAGGACGAGCUGGAGGAAAGCAGAAGUUCUGCGUUUUACCACCAGCACGGGGAAAAGAAACCAAAGAACAGGGACAGGAAGAUGUUGAACGCAGUAAAUGGCGAAUCUUCAGACUCGUCAGCGGAGGCGCCUCCGGUUCUGCCGGCAAAAUUUCGGCGGAACACGAGGCAAUAUGUUCUUCCUCGUCCACCGGAGAUGUUGGGGAUGCCGAAUCUAGUUGUACACCAGGCGCCGGGAGUACCGCAGAACAACUUCGAAGGAGCGAUGUUCAACGCGCAGGCCGUGGGCGGGCAUCACGUACCGCCACAAGAUCAUUUUGCGGCGGCGUUUGGAAAAAAUCACAGCGGCUUCGGCGAGCAGCAGCGCGCUGCGGAUGGCGUGUUGAUGUUUCAUCAGGACGAGAGUAUGAACGUGGUCCAGCGCCGCGGCGGCUCUUCCUCGUCGUCGUCUUCGCGGCACGC